ACUAGAAGUUAGGGGCGUCGUCUCAAAACACUUCAGUGUGUGCUCUCACACCUCAGAUAUUUGUCAUUAUUGUGAAUCCUAUGAAAGGGCUCGUUAGAAUGCACCUUCCGGCUUUCUCAGAAUGCAAGUUUGAAACAUGAAUGGCAUCUGAAAGAUAAGAUCUACCUCUUAGCUGGACAAUGCUUCAACUUCAAGUUCAAACAGUUGGCAUGCUCUGCCUUGCUUUCUGUUUCUUUUCCUUUUUCUUCUUUUUGGGUGCAAGUGCUGAGGGUUGCACAGCUCCUUUGAUUCUUCCAGACAAACCUUUUUUUGUAGUAUGGAACCACCCAUCCUUUGGCUGUGAGAAUCAUGGUGUUCACCUCGGCUUUGAAAACUGGGGAAUUGUUGACAAUAGCAAGGACCGGUUUACAGGAGAACAAAUUUCCAUUUUUUAUCGCUUAGGACUAUGGCCUUACUACUCAGGUACCAAUGCUGUCAAUGGAGGAAUCCCACAGCUUACUAAUGAAACAGCACAUUUCACCAAAGUGGAAAAUGACAUAAAGACUGUCAUCCCUGAUGCAACAUUUUCUGGCCUUGGGGUUAUUGACUUUGAACACUGGAGGCCUCUUUAUCGCCUCAACUGGAGCAAACUAAGAAUAUAUCAGCAGAAAUCUUUGGAGUUGGCUAAACAACGAUUUCCUUUGUUCAAUUCUUCCCAGCUUCUCGCUGAAGCUACCAAGGAAUUUGAAGAAGCAGCUAGGUCAAUAGUAGGGAAGACUUUAUCAGAAGUGACAAAUCUUCGACCUAGUGGGAGAUGGGGAUACUACGGAUACCCACGCUGUUGGGACGAGAUGUGCAAUACCAGUACACUAAAAGUCAAUGAUGAAAUGAGGUGGAUUUUCAAUACCAGUACAGGCCUUUACCCAUCUAUCUACUUUGACCUUAGUGUCCCACCCGAGACGCGCCACACCAGAAUCAAGCAGAAAAUUCACGAAACAUUGAGAGUGAAAGCCAAGUUUUCCCCACAGGACGCCACUGUUUUCCCUUAUGCUCUAAACCAAAAUGGUCCUUUCAAAUUUUUUACACAGGCUGAUCUGUCAUAUUCUAUUGAAGAGCCAGCCAACAUGGGCUCAUCAGGUGUGGUCUUGUGGGGAAGCUCCAGCUCUAUGAGGGCUAAAAACGAGUGUUUACUGUUACAAGAUUACGUCAACAAGACGUUGGGCCCUUUUGUUCUCAAUGUCACAAACUUUUUUGGAAACUGCACACAGCAACUCUGUCAAGGCCAUGGGCGUUGUAUCAGGAAGGACUAUGAGAAAUUCUUCCAACACCAUCUGAGAGCUAGCGGCAGAAGCACGUGUCUCAUGAAUGAGGAAGACCUCGACAGUUCCAGUCAAUCAUAUGGAAAGAGAACAGCACUUAAACUUAAAAAUAGUAAUAAUAGUAAGAAAAAGGCAGACAUGGAAAUUCUGAAUAACCUUCUGCAGCGCUUUGUUGAUAAUUCACUUAAGUUUAGAAGACGCGGCGAGUUAGCUUUUAGGGAAUGGUGGUACCCUGUCAGACUAAAAGAGCUACAGGACUACCAUGUCCAAAUGUACGAACAAAACAAGGAUUUGUUCAAGAACCAGGACCUGUUGCAAAAUGAAGCUAUUCCAAUUGUUGACAAAUUUUCCAUAUCAGGUUUGAGAAACAAAAACUAUGCACACUUUCAAACUUCACAUCUCUCUGCACCAAUGUCAAUUUCAAGUUCAAGUUCAAGGAUAAAUUUCUGGCAGGGUGAAGAAAUUUCUUCAGAUAGUUCCUAUGGACAAGAUGAGGGGUCAGAUGAGGAUGUCCAGUAUGAUUUUGAUGACUAUGUAUGUAAGUGUUUUGAAGGAUGGUCAGGAAAUCAUUGUGACCACAAAGACAAAACUUCAUGAAGUCAUGUAUGAUCUAUUGAAAUCUGCUUGAUGUGAUCAUGGGUCAUACCAACAUUCCACAAAUUCAUGAACUCAUGUUUACCACAGUGAGUAACCCUUGUUUUUUCCAAUGCAAUCUAAAAAUCACAGUAUUGCUUUGUUACUUUUUAAAAGCAAGCAUUCUUGCCAUUUUUACUAGACUUUUUUUUUAAAGUUUCAUAUUUAUUUUUUCAAAUUUUGUAUAGCCUGCACAGACCAAAUCAUUUCCAUGUUAUUUGCAAUUAUUAUUAUAUGACUUGUACUUGUACAUUUACUCAUUUAUAAACUCUUUAUUUCGCUGUUCAUCUUUUAUACAUCACGGUGUACCAUGUUAUUUCUCUAAGGGUCACGGGUCACUGCCCCAAUCACUCCGGGAACCACCCAAGCACAUACAGUGAACCUCACAUCUGAUAAAUUCAUAGAUUCCGGCCUUCAGUUUUGUCAGAUCAAGAGUUUUGGUGAGGUGCAGUGGCAUAUUAUUUUAUAUUGAUAGUGCCACAGCUGUUUUAAUUUAGUAUGGGGCUGGCCUGGGGAUAUUCAUACUACUGGGUGUCUAAAAAUAAAGGACCAUUGAAAGGGUAAUAACUCGGUGAUUGAACUAAGAUUUCAACCAAAUUUGAGUGAAAUGCAAAACUUUUCAAUUUCUUUAAAAAUCGACCAUAUUGUUUCAUUUCAAAUAAUCACUGUUUGUGCUUUGAAGAGCAGACUUAUACAAAAUUGAUAUGCUAAAUAAACUCAAAGGGAUGAUAGCUAUUUAAAUCUCCUGGUGAUGACCAUUCUCUUCAUAAAAGUUCCAUGCCCUUGGGAAUUUUAAAUAACCCAGUGGCAUGUUUAUUGGACAAUUCUUUGGACGUCCUGUUCAACAUUGUCAUUGAGUUUGAGUUUCCUCUGUUCAACUGUUUGCAGGUUGUGUCUGUAGACUCUUGUCUGUCAAAUAAAAAAACCCAAAGGUAAUAAUUAAAGGGGCUUAAAUCGGAGAGGGGGGAAAUGUUGUGACCAUUCAUUUACAAACUUUCGAAAUGCGUUUCUUUCUUGAAACCAUACGAGGGACACUCUUGACAUGUAAGGUGCAGCCUUAUCCUCUCCCCUGGAACCAGCCCUCUACAAACGCCUUCUCCUCCCCAAACUUUUCUGGACGGUGAGAUAUCCAUCCAUGUGGUCUUUACCGUACUUGUCCUAAAAAACCCAGUAUAGUAUAGGCUGAUCACACCCCUAAAGCUAAUUGAAAUUUUUUAAACUAAAAAUUUCUCCAACACGAUUGAAUUUCUUCAUAUUUUUUUACGUAUGUGACAUCCCCCAAGUUGAAUUUUAUUUGUUUGAAGUUGAAGUUUUGUUGUUGAAAUGAGUGCAGAGAUGACCAAGUUAUUGCCCUAUAUUCAAUCGGGUCCUCUUUUUUAAUUAAGACACUCUGAACAUUAUAAUAAUUCAUUGGUUUCUAUGACUAAAAAGACAUAUGGUUUCUUUUUUACUCUUUCUUUUGCUUUUAUUAAUGUUCUUGCAAUGUCAAGUUUCCAUCUUGACAAUGAAAAAGAACUUUGGGCCUUGCUCCGAUUGUGACAUGGGUACGGUAGCCUACACAUGAGACAACAAAUGAUCCACCGCUAUACCAAAUGUCUUUCUUUUCAGUGGCCAUGGCCUCCUCACUAAGAAUGAGCUUAUGAUUAAUUAAAGUCAAUCCAGGAAUUUACAUGAGGUACAAAACCCCAACCGAUGUUCAUUCAGAAUAUAUGUCACCUCCCCCCAAACCACCAUAUUGUCCCUUGACUGCUGUACUCUCACUGCAUUUUUUGGCUAAGCUUAAGUAAAUAAAACAUGAUAAAUGUAUCGUAUCAUCAUAAUUACCCAUUUGAUUUGAUCAUCAAAUUGAUGAAAUGUUGCUCACAUGUAUGUAGGCUGUUAGGCCCUACUUCUCAGAAAGAUCUUUGGGCACAAUGAAUAAAAAGUAUUUCUGGCAACCAUGU